AAAUUACGGCCUCCUCUGUUCUGUUCUGCUCGUCCAGAACACACCGCACGCCCACUCGACUGCUCCGCCGCCGGAGCUCCGCCCUCCCUCCCGCCGGCGCCGCCCCCCUUGCAGUUCCUCCACCGCGCGUGCCCGCCCCGUCCUUCGCUCUCUUCCGCGUGGCCCCGUCCCGCCCUGCCUUCUCCUCGCCGCGCCGCCGUCCGCUCGACCCCAUCUCGCCCCGUCCGCGAAGGAGACGACCAGCAGCAGCGGCCCCAAUCGACGGAGGGACGGAGGGAGGGAGGAUCCUCUCAGGGCUUGAUUGAUGUGUGCUGCGAUCUACUAUUUGGUAGUAUGAACUCUAGCACGGGGAAUGGAUCUGGGAUGAUGGGCUUACCAGUCACAGACCACUGCCCUCACAGACCACUGCCCCGAAUUUUGAGGCAGUAAAACAACACUUUCAUGCAUUUGUUAUAACUCCAAACAGUCUGAACAACAAUUUCUGUGAACUACGAUAGAUGAGAAAGAUGGGGCAUCUUUACCGUAGAAGAGAAAAUAUGGAGCAUUUUAUCAGUUAGCCUUGUUCCAGUGCUGUCCAUUCCUGGUACGUUUUCUUCACCAAGAGGUCGUCGGAGCUUCUGCAGCAAGGUAAAACUGGAGGCCAGACUCAGUGGGGAUCCAUGGCGUGGAUCUGGAUGCUCUUGGUGGCUGGAGCCGUCCUCCUUUGGGCGGUUUCCCUUGGGCGGAUCCUCUCCUCCCCGACGCCCUACUCCCUGCCUCCAAGCCCUCGCUUCCUGCCCCCUCUUGGCGACAGGAGGAGCAGGAACGUGCUCCUGGUGCUCGCCCACCCUGAUGACGAGUCCAUGUUUUUCACUCCAACUAUUCUUUUCCUCAAGUCAAAAGGCCACAGCAUUCAUGUUUUGUGUAUGUCUCUGGGUAAUGCUGAUGGUCUUGGAGAUACUCGUAAACAAGAACUGUAUGAUGCAUGUGCAACUCUUAAGAUUCCAGCUGAGCAAGUUGCAGUCUUGGACCAUCAAAAGUUGCAGGAUGGGUUUCAUGAGAAAUGGGAUCAUGGACUAUUAGCCGAACUUACCAUGGAGCAGAUCCAGCUGUGGGAUAUCGACACAAUUGUGACGUUUGAUUCCUAUGGAGUAUCAGGCCAUCCGAAUCAUCGUGAUGUUCAUCAUGGCAUAUGCAAACUUCUUCAUGAGAAUCAGCGAGGAAAUAUUGAAGCAUGGGAACUUGUAAGCCUGAAUAUGUUUCGCAAAUACAGUGGUGCAGUUGACAUUUGGUUGUCAUCUUUGAUCUCCUCAAGUUCAAAGCAACUGAUGUAUUGCUUAGUUAACUGUAGCCCAUCCAGAACCUUUGAGGCAAUGGCUGCACACAGAAGUCAGUGGGUUUGGUUCAGAAGAUUGUUUGUUAGGCUCUCAAGUUACACAUACGUAAACAUGCUCCAGAAAAUUUAGCAUUUGAUGGUGAGAAGUACCGUCUUGUCGAUCUAGAUUGUAAAUGUGCCUUACGGCACACUUUACAAAAGCUUCCUAUGAUCAAGGACAGCAGUUACGGAUCAUAUCCUUUACUGCAUAAUGAGAGUUUAUUGUAUACAAUCUGUUCGUGUUAGUACAAUGAGACUGAAACUUUUAACCUCAAGUGAUAGUUCUUGCUAAAAGUCUUAUUCAGCAAGGGUA